UUCAGUGAGUCACUGUUCAUCGCUCGAACCGAUCGGAUCGUUUCGCUCCGCUCUGAUCACACCGAGCACCGACAAGUGAAAGUGGAAAUUGUGUUUUGUGAAGAAGCAAUUUCCAGGCCGAAAGCAAAAUAAAAUCAAAUCUGGUGAGUCGUUUAAAAUUUUAUUUUGCCCUUCUGGGCCUUCUUUAAAAAUGUCGACCACUCGUCGAAAUUCGACUGAGUCGUUAGCAAGCCUAGGUGAAAUAGAAUACGAUAAAGAUAAUAUAUCCAGCAUAGUUGAAAGCUGCGCGACAAAUUUGUCAAUUUUGAAUGCCUUUAUUUUAAAGUCAAAAGACUGUAUUAGAGACAGGCAAACUUAUCUACAUGCCAUAGAAAACAUUCAGUCCGGCCUUAGACAUAUUUCUACUAACUUUGCAAAACCUAGUGUUGAUACAAAUUUAGAAGAUAAAAUUACGAAUAUUGUUGAAAAAGCCAUCGAAAGUAAAUUAGGUAGUGCUAACAAUAAUGAUACUUCCCUAAUUGGCCCUAGAUACAGUCAAAUUCUAAAGUCCAAUUUGCCUAAAAACAGUGAAAUAACAGUAACUCCGGCCAAACUUCCUCAAACUAGUUUUAAAGUUAUCAUCAAACCCAAUGAUAGUCUGAAGAACAUAAAAUCAUCUGAGGACACCCGGAAAAUUCUGAUGUCAAAGUCUCCUAAAGAUUUUGGCAUAAAAGUUAACAAAAUGGUGCCGAUUAGAAACAACGCAAUUCUUGUCGAGUCAAACUGCCCGUCAAUUUUGAAUUUGACAGAAAAUUGCGUUUUGAAGUCACUUAACCUUUGUGCAGAGAGAAUAAAUAAAGUUUGGCCGAAAAUUCAAAUUUUUGACGUUCCCAAAGAACUGGAAACGGAUCAAUUAAUCUCCGAAAUUUUAGACCAAGAAAAUUUGCCUGAUAGUGUCCCCAAAAAAUUUGUUAAAUCCGCGUUUAAAGUUGGAAACAAAGAGGCAAAAAAUAAUAAUUGGGUAGUUGAAAUACACCCUGCAGCUCGUAAUUAUUUUAUUAAAACAGGCAGUAGAAUGUACAUUAGUUGGAAAUCGUUGCAUAUUAGGGACUAUCUAAGGGUCACGCGAUGUUUCAAAUGUCAAAAAUUCGGUCACGUUUCGAAAUUUUGCACUUCUGAAAAACAAUGGUAUUGUGCUAGUACUGAACAUGAAUCUACGUCAUGUCAAUUUAAAAAUGAGCAGGACAAACAUAAAUGUAGCAAUUGUGUAAGAGCCGAUCAGAAAGAAACUAGUCAUGCUGCGGGGUCGUCUGACUGCCCUAUUUACAAACAUCGGCUGCAAGAGGCCAUCAAAAAUAUCAAUUUUGAUGGUUAACACGAUCAAUA